UUUAGCGUUGUGACGUCACAAGGCCGCGCCGUUCUCCUGCGUCUGUUGCGAUUCAAAGAAGAAAGCUGAGAUCCAAAUGACACGCUUUUAUAAAGAUGGCGUUUAUUAAAGAGGAGAGUCAAGACGUGAAGAUUGAAGAAACGUUCAGAGUGCAACAAGAAGAUGCCGAGGAACGAACAGAUCUGGUGGUACUCAAAGAAGAGAGUCAAGAACUGGAUCGAAAGGAAGUUAAAAAGCAGUAUGAGAAAUAUUGUGAUUUAACGACUGGAGAAAAAUCUUUAUGUUGCUCACAGGCUGAAAAGACGACUCGGAAAAGAGCUCGGUUGACUACGGUUAGUUAUAAUUUCACCUGCCAGCAGUGUGGGAAAGGUUUUAAUCAUCACCGAAACCUUACAGUCCACACGAGAAUUCACACCGGAGAGAAGCCUUAUACCUGCCAGCACUGCGGGAUGAGUUUCACUCAAAAAGGAAGUCUUAAAGUCCACAUUAGAGUUCACACCGGAGAGUGUCCCUUCACCUGCCGGCAGUGUGGAAAAAGUUUCGCUAGAAAGGGAAACCUGAAAGUCCACAUGCGAAUACACACCAGAGAAAGCCCGUUUGCCUGUGAACAGUGUGGAAAAUGUUUCACUCAAAAAGGAAGCCUCAAAGUCCACACGAGAAUUCACACCGGAGAGACGCCCUUUCCGUGCCAGCAGUGCGGAAAGAGUUUUAAACACAAAGGAGCCCUCAACGACCACAUGAAAACUCACUCCAGAGAGAAACCGUUCGCUUGCGGUCAGUGUGGAAAGACCUUCAGAUUUACAGAAGCCCUUGAUAAACACACGAGGAUUCACUCAAGAGAGAGAGAUUCGAUGUGUCAUCGCUGCGGAAGGGUUUUCGCGGACGAGAAACGUUUGAAGGAUCAUGUAAAAAAUCACAUCGGAGAACAACCGUUUAUGUGCCACGAGUGCGGAAAGAACUGCGAAAACAAAGGGAACCUUGAGGCUCAUGGGAGAGCGCACACCGGAGAGAGGCCUUUCAGCUGCCUUCAGUGCGGAAAGUGCUUCACGCUAAAAGGAAACCUUAACAUUCACCUGAGGCUUCACACCGGAGAGAAGCCGUUCGCUUGCCUUCAGUGCGGGAAAGGUUUCGCGCUCAAAGGGAACCUCGAGGUUCACGCGAGGCUUCACACGGGGGAGAGGCCUUACAAAUGUCUUCGCUGUGAAAAGAGUUUCACAAAUAACAGAGACCUGAAAGGUCAUUCCCAAACUCAUUCUGGGAAAAACGCUGCAGCACGAAAAGAGUAACAAAAAGUAGAUACUUGUAGACACGCAUAAAACGUAAUUAUUCCAUGUUCAUCCUUCAUGUCUUUAUACUUUGACUUAGAUUAAAGUGUUUACUUGGUUUUGCUCCCCUCAUCAGGAAUCGGGGCCUCCCCAACCACUGGUCGCCAAAGUAUUUCUGAAAGCAAUGACAUUGUUUUUUUGUUUCCUUGCUCUGAGGUAGUAAUAUCUUUUCUAUGAAAAUGUUUAAGUGGCUUCUCCCACUUUUUAUCAGAAAGUGACAAUUUUGUUACUUGUUAGAUGGAAACGGUGCUUAGUCACAUGUUUUAUGCGAUACUCCAAUUUUGCACCAAAGUUAAGUUGGCGAUUUUCAAUGAAAACCCAACUAUUCCAGUUCCAGUGUCUGAUUUCUGUAGGUUACAUUAGAGCAGGGCUCCUCAAAUCUGGCCCAGUCUGCAGUCUACCUGAGCAUGUUAAUAAAUGUCUUCAGGAUCGUAAGAAAAUCACGGUUCGUUGAGUCCAAUCUGGAUUGGAGAGAAACUCUACAACAUAUUCGUCUUGUUUAGCCAGACAUGGAUUCCAUGGUGGAGUUAGCUGGCCGAGGCCUGACCGUGACAACCAAUCACUGUUGCCAGAAAACUCUCUGAUAUUUUUUUAAAGAUUCUAUGACCUGAACUUUAGACUAGCACCGCACUGGUCCUCCAGUGCAAACCCUACAUUAGAGAAUUCCUCCUUCUGGGAGUCUAAUCCAGCAAUCAUGUUUUGAUCAUUUGCCAAGAAGAAUGAUGCGGCUCGGUGACAAACCUUCAGAACAACACUGGUGAAGGUUUGAGGAACGCAGUAGGAGUGAUAUAUGAAAUGAUUUUGUUUUUUAAUUACAUGCUUGCAUUUAGGGAUGCAGUUGCCAUCAGUGAGAAAUCUGUUUUAAAUAGCUCCAAUAAUUACCUGCAUUGAUAAUUUCUUUAAACUAAACCAAAUCUAUAUAAUUCAACAACCAUGUCAUUUAUGUAUGAAAAUAAUCGUGCUGUCUGUUAUAUUAAGGCAUCAUGAAAUGGAUACUCAAGAUGUUCUUGAGGGCUAUGCAAAUGCAAUAACACAUGAAUAAUUCUUUUCUACUCUUGAAAUCGGGAGAAUCGUGAAAACGCGAUUGUCCGAUCGACAUGACUCUUAACACGUUUCAUGCUUGUAAGAUUCACCGAACCUCAGACACUUUUAAAAAGAUUUAGAUUUUGAA